AGCUUCCCGCCGUCCGAGCGGGCUAGCCUGCUGCGUGCGUGCGUGCGUGUGUACGUCUCUGCGUGCGUGCGUGCGUGCGUCCGUGCGUGCCGUCAGCUCGCCGGGCACCGCGGCCUCGCCCUCGCCCUCCGCCCCUGCGCCUGCACCGCGUAGACUGACCCCCCCCCGCUCCGCGCGCUCACCCCGUCGACAACCCCUCCCGUGCCCCGACUGGCCUCCGCCUUUUUGUAAAACUAAAAGCGGGCGCAGCAUUAACGCUUCCCGCCCCGGUGACCUCUCAGGGGUCUCCCCGCCAAAGGUGCUCCGCCGCUGAGGAACAUGGCGAAGGUGGAGCAGGUCCUGAGCCUCGAGCCGCAGCACGAGCUCAAAUUCCGAGAGAUGGGGUUUCACCAUGUUGGCCAGGCUGGUCUUGAACUCCUGACCUCAGGUGAUCUGACUGCCUCGGCCUCCCAAAGUGCUGGGAUUACAGGCUUGAGCCACCGCGCCCGGCCGGAAAUUUUCAAAAACAGUCCCUUUACCGAUGUUGUCACCACCAACCUAAAGCUUGGCAAUCCGACAGACCGAAAUGUAUGUUUUAAGGUGAAGACCACAGCACCACGUAGGUACUGUGUGAGGCCCAACAGCGGGAUCAUCGAUGCAGGGGCCUCAAUUAAUGUAUCUGUGAUGUUACAGCCUUUCGAUUAUGAUCCCAAUGAGAAAAGUAAACACAAGUUUAUGGUUCAGUCUAUGUUUGCUCCAACUGACACUUCAGAUAUGGAAGCAGUAUGGAAGGAGGCAAAACCAGAAGACCUUAUGGAUUCAAAACUUAGAUGUGUGUUUGAAUUGCCAGCAGAGAAUGAUAAACCACAUGAUGUAGAAAUAAAUAAAAUUAUAUCCACAACUGCAUCAAAGACAGAAACACCAACAGUGUCUAAGUCUCUGAGUUCUUCUUUGGAUGACGCCGAAGUUAAGAAGGUUAUGGAAGAAUGUAAGAGGCUGCAAGGUGAAGUUCAGAGGCUACGGGAGGAGAACAAGCAGUUCAAGGAAGAAGAUGGACUUCGGAUGAGGAAGACAGUGCAGAGCAACAGCCCCAUUUCCAUGUUAGCCCCAACUGGGAAGGAAGAAGGCCUUAGCACCCGGCUCUUGGCUCUGGUGGUCUUAUUCUUUAUCGUUGGUGUAAUUAUUGGGAAGAUUGCCUUGUAGAGGUAGCAUGCACAGGAUGGUAAAUUGGAUUGAUGGAUCCACCAUAUCAUGGGAUUUAAAUUUAUCAUAACCAUGUGUAAAAACAAAUUAAUGUAUGAUGACAUCUCACAGGUCUUGCCUUUAAAUUACCCCUCCCUGCACACACAUACACAAAUACACACACACAAAUAUAAUAUAACGAUCUUUUAGAAAGUUAAAAAUGUAUAGUAAAUGAUUUGGGGGGGGGAAGAAUGAUCUUUAUUAAUGAUGAGGGAAACCAUGAGUAAUGCCACAAUGGCAUAGUGUAAACGUCAUCUUAAACAUUGGUAGGCCUUGGUACGUGAUGCUGGAUUACCUCUCUUAAAACAAGACACUCUUCCUCGCCUGUUGGUGCUGGCCAGUGGAGAGCUGGAGCCCAGCGUGGUGGGGAGUGCGGUCAGCUCCACACAGUAGUCCCCACGUGGCGCACUCCUGCCCCAGGCUGCUUUCCGUGUCUUCAGUUCUAUCCAAGCCAUCAGCUCCUUGGGACUGAUGAACAGAGUCAGAAGCCCAAAGGAAUUGCACUGUGGCAGCAUCAGAUGUACCCAUCUUGAGUGAGAGGCGUGUGUUGACUGAUUGACCCAGUGCUUUGGAAAUAUAUGGCAAUGCUUUGUUCUCUUAAAGGGACCAAGCUAAAUUUUUAUUGGUUCAUGUAGUGAAGUUGUACUGUUAUUCAGAGAUGUUUAAUGCAUACUUAACUUAUUUAAUGUAUUUCAUCUCAUGUUUUCUUAUUGUCACAAGAGUACAGUUAAUGCUGUGUGCUGCCGAACUCUAGUGGGUGAACUGGUAUUGCUGCUGGAGAACUGUGGGUUCCUCUGUCUCUGGAGAGCCUGGUCAUGUGGAGGUGGGGUUUAUUGCAAUGUUGGAGAAGAGCUUCCAGGAAGUGUUUUUCUGGGUCAGUAAAUAACAACUGUCAUUGGGAGGGAAAUUCUCAGUAGUGACAGUCAAUUCUAUGUUACCUUUUUAAAUGAAGAGUACUCAAGUCUUCUAGAUUGUUCUUGUACCACCUCUCAACCGUUACUUAUACUUCCAGCACCCAGGUUCAAGUCUGAUCCUGACCUCCCCUUGGGGCCCUAGCUUGGAGUCAGGGCGAAUGGAUCAGGCUGCAGAGAGUUAGAAGCGAGGGCGCCAGCAGUUAGGGGUGGGAGCAGUGGGAAAGAGACUGUUCAGCGAAUCCAUCUAGUACCUAGUUGAGAGUUUGACUGUGAAUUAAUUUUAUGCCAUAAAAGACCAAUCCAGUUCUGUUUGACUAUGUAGUAUCUUGAAAAGAAAAAUUAUAAUAAAGCCCCAAAAUUAAGA